UUUAUUUUUUAUUUGGAAAUAAAGGUGACACGUGUCAGCAUCUAAUUUGUUUGGACUUUGAGACAUGGAUUGUUGAUAUGGCGAAGAUCUAAUCAUCCAGAGAAAACACAUAUUGGACGUUCAUGAUCGAGCCAUAUCGCCUUCAAGAAACUUGGCCUAGAGAGUGCCUCUGUGUCACCACACAGUGGUGACACGUGACCCACUACCUCCCAAACAUAAAAAAUCACUUUUUUUUUGUUUUUUUUCAAUUUCUUUCCCCUCUCUCUCUCUCUCUCUCUGAUUCUCUCUCACAAUUCUCUCUCUCUCUCUCUCCCUCGGCCUUCCCUCUUUCUUGGCCUCAUGGAUUUCUCCCAUGGCUCUCGGCCUCUCAGCCUUCGUGUUCAUGAUGCUUCACCAUAAAUACUUUCCGGCAACACUGAGCCAUCUAUUCUUUGUUCUAUUUUUUUUUCUUCUUUCUUCCUCUUUUUCUUGUUCAGUUUUCUCCCUUAAGAUUUGUUUCCUCUUUUUCUCAAAUCUUUUUUUUUUUUACUAUUAUAAUCUACAUUUCUUUAAUUUUUGCAGGUUAUUAUCUUCACAAGAAGAUGAGAUUUUUUGGAUCCUCAAAUUGAAACCCCAAGCUAAGUAUUUUCUAUUUUUUUUCUUGUUUUCUUAUAGAACAAACACUUUUGAUUUCCCUUUAUUUUAUAUUUUUUUACUUACUUUGUCAGACCACUCAAAACUCAACAAACUGAGUUCAGAUUGACUCGGUGAGUUAACUCUCCGAUUUGGGUCUUGUAUAAGCUCACGAAGUGAUGAACGCAGAUCCAAUUUGGAUCUAGGUUUCGGGUCUGCGGGUUCUCAGAAUGUAUCAGGUUAACUUGCUCCGAUGGAUUGGAUCAUUGGGUCGGAUAAAACAAGUUGGUUCUGCCAAUUGGAUCCAAUUUUUAAGAUUUUCUUUUCAGUGCAUUUUUUAUAUAAAUUAAAUGCAGAAAAUUUAAAUUAGAACUUACUCGAAUCUUCAUACUCCACCGAUCUUUGAGUCCUUUCUUUUCUUUGAUUUUCGGCUACAAUUUACUUGGCCUUUUGUAUGAGUGCUACUGACUUUGAAUGCUCCUAUCUGAACCUUCUGUACCACGAUCUGUGUAUGAAUGUUACAGAUGAAUUUUGAAUUCUUCUGCCUGAAUCCUCUGUGCCACAAUUUGUGUAUUUAAAUCCUCAUUUGAAAUAAUGAUUGCUGUAUUUUUCUGAAUUCGCACAGUACUCACCGCUAUUUUCACACUGAAUUUUCUCACGCACUAUUUGCUAUGUGAAUGUUGAGUGCAGUUCUCACUUUGCUAACUUUUCACUAUAACUCUCUCACCAGAAUUUUCUCACACUGUUUGCUAAGUAUUCUGAAAUGUUGUGUAUACAGACUAUCUGAAUUUUUUUUGCGUCCUUUCUCCUCUUCAAAUACCUCACUAUUUAUAGGCCUCUUGUGGAAAAUCUUAUUAAAUUAUGAUUGAUUUUGAUUAAUUUUGAUUUUUUAAUUAAUUUUCAAUUCCAUCAACUUCAUCAAUCCAAUUUAAUUUGAUUUGCCACAUUUAAACCUUGAUUUUCAGCACAUGUAUUUGACCUCCUUUUUUCCUUUUGUAGGUUUGCAGAUUGAAGACUUGUUUGAUCCACUCUAUUUUUCCUUUUCUGCUUUUUUUUUUCUUGUAUUUCUAUUUUUAGUUUAUUUUAUGUAUUGAAGCAAUAAUGAAAAUUUUCUUUAGUUUUUGUAAUAUAAGACCCCCAGACAAAUUCGGGUGUCUACACCAGUGUAAAUUUAAUUUGACCUUAAUUAUAUAUCUCCUUGCAUCCUAAUAACUAUCAGCAUUUGAUUAGCUCAACAUCUGGCAUGCAUUAGGCACUUUUUCCCCCCUCUUGGGGCCCUUGUUAAUUAAGAGAUGGGCCUGAUGAAAUCUAAAUUCCAAAACUCCGGCUUAAAUGGAAUUUGACUCUAAUUUUAUAGGACCUCUCUGUCAUCCUAAUCCUUAUCACGGCCUCUUUUUGGGAUUAUGGUUUCAUGAUCAGGCUUUUGGGAAUUAUGGAAAAAUGAUUAAGCUAUUUAAAGUGAAGGAAAAGCAGCGGGAAAUUGCAGAAAGUGCCAAUGGAAAGACACCCAUCAAGAAGCAAACAGCAGGAGAAUUGCGUCUUCAUAAAGAUAUCGGUGAAUUGAACCUUCCAAAAACUUGUAGCAUUGCUUUUCCCAAUGGCAAGGAUGACCUGAUGAACUUUGAGGUUACCAUUCGACCUGAUGAAGGAUAUUAUUUAGGUGGUAUAUUUGUCUUCUCUUUUCAAGUUUCCCCAAUUUAUCCUCACGAGGCGCCAAAAGUCAAGUGCAAGACAAAGGUGUACCAUCCUAAUAUUGACUUGGAAGGGAAUGUUUGCCUCAACAUUCUAAGAGAAGACUGGAAACCUGUUCUCAAUAUAAACACAAUAAUUUAUGGAUUGUUUCAUCUCUUCACGCAACCCAAUUAUGAAGAUCCUCUCAAUCAUGAUGCGGCUGCAGUUUUGAGGGAUAACCCAAAGAUGUUUGAAUCCAAUGUGAGGAGAGCAAUGGCUGGUGGCUAUGUGGGGCAGACCUUCUUCACCCGGUGCAUUUAGCAGUUGCUUGUUCUGCGAAGCGUCAAAUUCAUCGCACAGAAGGUUCGAAGGUUGUAAAUUUGAUGGCCGGGCUUCUCCCCUCCUGAAGCUCCUGAGGUACAAUUUUUUAAGGAAGAAAUGGAAGCAAAGACCCCCUGGAACGUGCUUGUACUCAAAUUUAACUCUGUGAUGUAUUUGUGAUAUUGGCUUGGGGUUGAUAUAUUUUUCUUUAUCUUGAUGUGAAACUAUGAGAUAUGCUGGUCGUAGGACCCUAUUUGUGUAUUUAUUUUCUCUUUUGAAAAGGAAAAUCCUUAACAGGAUGACUUGCAUUUCUUUCCUCACC